AUGCUGCAUGAGUCAGAGAGGCGGGGUACUCCCUUUGGUGGCGAUAACUCUGCAGGGAGUGAGAUUCGUGACUUCUCUAGUUUUGUGCUUAGUAUGGGCCUUCUAGAUUUUCCUCUCCUUGGUAGGCGCUUUACCUGGUGUCAACCAAAUGGGGGUGUUAUGAGUAGGUUGGAUCGCUUUCUCCUUUCGGAUGGUUGGUGGGACCUCUGGGGGGAGGCAACUCAGUGGGCGCUUCCUAGAGAUGUCUCAGACCAUAGCCCGGUGGUGCUGAGAUAUUCCUCUCAAAGUUGGGGUCCGAAGCCUUUUAGGUUCAACAACUUCUGGUUAUCUCAUCGUGAUUUUGGGGAGGUCGUCCAACGUAGUUGGAAUCGCUCGAGGCCACCAGAAUGGAUGGCGGUUAGGCUCUCGACGAAGCUGAAAACCCUCAAAGGUGACCUUAAAUAUUGGCACUCUCAGGCUUUUGGUAGAUUGGAGGGUCGAAUUGAGGAGCUGGUGGAGGCCCUUAAUCUCCUUGAGCUUAGGGUGGAAAGGAGCCCUUUGUCUUCUGCCGACUCUGAAGCCAAGUUCAAGGGGUUCCAUGACCUGUGGGCGCUCCUUAGAGCUAGAGAGUCUCAGCUCUUCCAGCAGUCGUGUUCGAGGUGGUUGCGGGAAGGGGAUGCCAACUCGGCGUACUUUCACUCCAAUAUCAAUUUGAGGAGGCGUAGAAACUCCAUUCUGGCGCUUAGGGUGGGGAGUAGGUGGGUGGAGAGUGUCUCGGAGGUUCGUGCGGAGAUUGUGGACUAUUUUAGAAAUCAUUUCUCUGAGGCCUUGAUGGACCGGUCUACUCUUGAUGGGGUGGCAUUUGCUAGUAUCUCUGAGGACGAUGGGGUGGUAUGGUUGUCCCUUUGUGUGAGGAGGAGAUUAGGAGGGUUGUCUUAG